AUGGCUGCUGUUCGGAGAGAAAGGGCUCCCGACGUAUCCAAGGUUUUCAGCACAGAAGCAGCAUCAGCAGUGGAGUCCCCAUGGCUCUACACCCUCCAAAUGUGCAGGAUGCAGAGACCUUGGAGUUACACUGAUCUCUUCCAGGAGCAGGAUGUUGUGGAGAGGAUCACAUAGCUGAGACAAGGCAUCCCACUUGGAUCUGUCACAUCCUAUGUGCAUCUAGAGAAGCUCAGUGAAGGAUCCUGUACAACUGCAUAUAAGGGGAUCAGCAGGAUCAAUGGCCGGUUCAUGGUCUUGAAAGUGAUCAGGCUGGAGGCAGAGGAGGGAGUGCCCUUUACAGCCAUUUGGGAAACUUGUAUUCUCAAGUGUUUGAAACAUGCCAGCAUUGUGCUGCUUUAUGACAUUAUCCAGACCAAGGAUACAACAUUUGUCUUUGAGUGCAUGUACACAGUUCUAGCACAGUACACGGGCCAGCAUCCCAGCAGACUUCACUCGUGUGAUGGUAUACUCUUCACAUUCCAGUUUUUGCGCGGCCUGGCUUACAUCCACCAACAACACAUUAUUCACAGUGAUCUGAAACCCCAGAACUUGCUCAUCAGUUGCCUUGGUGAGCUCAAAUUAGCUGACUUUGGUGAGCUUGCUUGUGCCAAGUCCACCCCCAACCAGACACACUCCUACUCCUCUGAAGUGGUGACUCUCUGUUACCGUCCUCCUGGUGUGUUGCUUGGGGCUACAGAUUAGUGUUCUGAUCUAGAUAUCUGGGGUGCAGGUUAUAUAUUUGUUGAAAUGAUCCAGGGCCAGCCAAUAUUUGCAGGAAUUUCUGGUACUCAUGAACAGCUGGUGAAGAUCUGGGUGGUAUUUGGAGUCCCAGCUGAGGACACCUGGCCAGGACUUUCCAAGCUCUUCAACUAUAACCCAGUCGAGAGGCAAAAUGAAGGAAAGAGAAUCCAGAGAAAAUAUUAUUUAGUGAUCCAAGAAGAAUAUUCUGCCAAACUUGAUCUUGGUGACCGAUUUGAGAAGGGGCUGUUCAAAACUGGUUGCUUCCAGGAGACCAGACUCCAAGUCAUCUGUGACAGGCUGAGCAGGGUGCCAGCAGCAGAGGAUUUGGCCUCCAGGAUGCUUACAGCCUUCCUUUGAGGCUGGAUCUCUGCACAAGAUGUGCUUCUUCAUGGCUUCUUCAACACUCCUCAGCUCCAUAAGGUUCCUGCUGAGCAGUCUCUGCUCACAGUUCCAGGAGUGAGACUCCAACCUGAAAUCUGUGACCUGUUUGCUUCUUACAAAAGAGGCCAUCUCUCAGGAGGUUCAAACAAGUUUUGAUAGAAAGCAGGGAUAAUUGACUAUUUCCUGGAUAAGUGCAUAGUUGCCACUGUCAAAACUGCUACCAUCAUCCUUGGCACAUGAAUUCCUUCGUGUAUGGAAGGUGGGAAAACAAAAUCAAUAUCCAGAGCUGGAUGACCAUAUCUCAGGUUAAGGACAAAGUGCAAAAUCUCACAUUCAGAGAGAAGAGAUCAGCAAGCCAAUGGCCCUCAGUGCACAAUGCUGAGUGGUAUCGCGGGAGAGUUGGGUUUAUUUCAUCAUAUUCCCAAGUCUCAGAACACUGCCCUUUCCUCUGAUGUCUCCGCAGUCAAAAUAUUGCUUCAUAUCCCUAUUGCUUAAACUGACCAAAUUGCUUUGCUCACCUUUGUCCUUGUCUAUUGAGUUCACAUUUUAUAUCCUACUUGUUUUGGUUUCAAACAUGGAACCUGAGCAGAGCUAGGCAAAAUCUUCUUAGCUUAUAACAUCCUUGGGUUUAAUUAACCAGUAUUUUAAUAUGACAUGCCUCAAAAUGAUUCUUCAACAUCAACAUUUUUCAUCUCCUUUUUGUUAUAGAAAACCAAAAGAUCACUUAAAAUCACUGUUAUUGAAAGAAAUUAAUGCAAAAUAGCCUUUUAUUAUACUUUAUCUCCUUGUUUACUUUGUGUAUUUGUUAACAACAUGUGUUCAGUUGGUGUCACUGGCUGGGUCAGUACUUGCAGAGAUGACCUGGAAAAAGAUCUUGAGACCAAAUUAGUUUGACUGUCUUAUUGCCUGCCAAGCUAAGAGACAACCUAGCUGUGAUAGCGGGGCAAAUCUCAGCUACCCGUCUGUGCUUUCAAAUGCAUGUUGAUGGCAUGCACCUGCUAUAGGAUCAGUCCCAGCACUGUGCCUGGUCUCACAGCCUCUCUCUACCCCAUCUGCCUUCACUAUGUAAACAACAGCAGGCAGACAGGACAGCUUCAAGUCCUUUCGAGAAGGACCUGACAUUGCCAGCCCUGUGGCCAGAUUAGGUUUAGGCAGCCUGAAUCCGUUCCCUGCUCACCUGCUCAGUUAAGUACAGGCAGAGCGGCUGUUCCCUCUCUGUUGUCAGAGAUGUACUAAUCCUGACACAAAAGCUGUUGUCAGUUCCACUAAGGCUUCUGGGACAACUCACUUGAGGAGGGCACUCAUGCAUCAGUGUUCAAUGAACUUGGACUUGGCCAGUUUUAACUGAUUUUGAGAGUAUAUCACAAAUACAAAGAAUAGGAAAAUGAUGAAAUAGUGGGAGGUACUCUUUAACAUUUUUAAUUUUCUUUUAAUAUUAACCUGGCCUCAAAGUGAUUGUGUCCCAUUUUUAAAGUGCUUACAAAACAUAAUAAACAAGCUGAAAUGUCAACUCAAGUUUUCUUCUGCACUUCAUUACAGGAGAACAUUCUGUAAGUGACGGUGUUUACAUUAUUAAUUCUCUUUUUAAAAAAGGCAUCUGGAUUCAGACAAGCACGCAAAGUUAUAAAUGAAACAGUAAUUUUUCUGUCAUUUUAAUAGGCUACCAAUGGAAAGCAGAGGGUUCUGUAUACUUUUUCAAAUCUAAUCAGAGGUAGAUAGGCAUCUAAAGAACAACAGCCUCAUGCUGGUACAUGAGAGAAUGGAAUUUCCUGGGAACAUAAUGAAACUGGCCAGCCUUCCUUCAUCAGCCAAACUGAGUUAAGUUACAAAAAUAGACAAAAGCAAAAAACUAAACAUACCAGGCUGAAUCACGAAUCCGUGGGCUCUGAGCGACACAGCAAGGGACAAAACAUCACCACAGUCUCCUCCACGUUUUUCUUCUGGUUUCAGGAAAGGGAAAGAUAGUGCCAGGCAUCUAUACCAGGGUGAUAUGCAAUCCAUGCCAACACUACAUCCAUUUUCUACCCUGUUCCAUCUCUUUCCCUCUCGCUACUGAGAAGGAACGCACGAUCAUUGAAAUCUGCGUUCUCAUACUGUCUCUCAAAAAUGCAGAUAAAUAACACAGUGCCUCUUACAUGUAUGUGCUUCUGUACUAGCUAAGUGUAGUUGAAUCUACAGGAAGAUCAGAGCUUGUCUUAAACCAAUCGUUAACAAGAAAAGUAACUGAAGAUGCUAGCCCUGUAGAAUAUUUGGAAUUAAGAUUUAUUUUUUCCUUUUUGAUUUGAGACUUUGGCCAUGGAUUUUUAUCCUAAGAGAAUUCCUUUGCAACAGAGGCAUAAUCACCCUUCAUUACACCAAGGACCUUUGAAAGAAUUCUUGGUAUUGACAAAAUGAAGCAAAAUCUCUGAGAGUAUAAAGCAAGAGCAGAGUUUGGUCGUGGGUGUGUGUGUAUUUUUAAAAAUCACCUUUCAGCAGAAGAGAAUGGAAUUGUGCAGAUGUCCAGCCUUUUGUUUUUCAGAAAGCAAUGUCAGAAAGAUUGACUUGGCAACGAAGAUGUAACAGCACAGUCUGGACCCUGGACUUGCAGAAUAAACUCAGCCAUGUGUCAUUUAAUAGAGAGAUCCCUGGACCAGAAGAUCGAUGUACAAACAGGACAGAUGGGGACUGACAAUUGAAAGAAUGUAGAGGCUGAUCCAAGGCUUACAGAGACCUGUCAUUCCUGGGGUUUGCCUACAAUCUCCUUCAACAAAAGAGCUCCUGAGGGAAGGAGGGGAUUAGUCAGAAGUUGUGUGAAGUCUCCAGGGAAGAUGGUUUCUUGGAUAAAGUUGUCAACAAAAGGAAUUGUUUAAGACUAUUUGUUAUAAUUUCCUAGAGAGAGCUUCUGCCAUUGCUAACAGGAUUACCAGCAUACUGGUUCCACACCAGCAGAGCAUUAGACAUGUGCAUUACAGACCGGUUGCUUAGAGCUGAAUUCAGGGGUCUUCUUAUUCUGGGUCCCAAAUGUGUGCAGGUGUUGAUGAGCAGAGGGGAGAUGGCAAAGAAUUAAGAUGCAUCCAAACACAAGCCAUUUUUGGUCCAGUUGUUGCAGAGAGUCCUGGCUCAUUAAUGAGUUAGCAGAGUGUUUUAAUCUCCUUGAUCUCAGGGCUGCUGACAUGCUAUGAGAAGAAAAGAUAAUCUGAGGUGAGUGCUGGUCAGGAUACAUAGGGAAAUCGGAGAGCUCUUUCUCAACUACAGUUACUGUGAAAUUUCUCCUAGAAUUCUUCCUGGUAGAAUUGGGAAAGCAAGCAACUUACAGUGUUCGUGUACCAGUCUGCUUGGUUUCAAUUAGCUGGGAUACUUUUUAUCAGCUCUGGGACAUCAGAAACCAGAAGCCUCGGUGUAACCUCAUAGC